CCUCAACAGUUUGGUAAAGGUAACUAACUACGUUAAAGGUCAUUCACCGGAUAGUAUGUGCGAUAGUGCAUGACGUCCGAUCACAGAUCAGCGUUUUUUAGUUUCCUGGUAAAGGCCGAGAUAUCAGCCAAUCAAAAAUGGAUAAGAUUCUGCUUGGCAUUGCAGCCUCCACCCACUCUGAGGCAGUCAAGAGAGCUAUCAUCGAGAGAGUCAUAAAUUCUGCUGGCAAGGGUCAUCCUGAAGAUUUAGUCAAAGCGAUCCUAGAUAUCUCAUCUCACUGGAUCACAGACAAUGAUUCUGAGUUCCUGCAGCAGAUUGGGAGGCAGCUCUUCCACGCUUGGGCCAAGCACAACCAGACAAUCUUUGAAGAGUUCUUCAAUCACCAGUUCCUGGUGAGAAUCCUCGGCUUGGAGAUCCUGCAUCCAGAAAGGAUGGUCCACUUUGUCCAUGAUGGACUGAAGAUGCUUCAAAAUCGGGCCACAGCAGUGAAGAUCGUCCAGAUGCAAGUUGUGGCACUGGUCAAGAAGCACAGAGACCUAGUGACAUUGGUAGAAGUUAGUCAUCUCCUCCUGGCAUUCCCAGACUGUCUACCCAAGGGAACUGCGGCUGGCUUGCUGUGUAUCUCUGCUGUAGAGAAUGUCGGCGCGCUAGAAGUUGCUCCAUCUGAAGCCACCAUGAAGGCUAACCUUGAAGGCAUGAUACACAUCAGUGCUCUGCUGCAUCACAUCUGGCAUGACAACAUGGUCACGGUCCUGCCAUCUCUUGCAGCCGUCUUUAACCUUAUCUCAACGCUGCCCUCUAGUGACAGACCUAGUCCUUCAGUUGCCUUGGGUGCCCUCGUUCAACAUGUUCCUGUCGAACUCAUUGCAACUAUCACCAAGAACGCAGCAUCAGACAUGUCCAUUGUGGAUGAAAGAAUGACCACUGCCUUGACCAGAAUGAUUGAGUGGCUAUCAUGGCCUCGGGUCCAGAACAUUGACCGCUGGAUUGUCUCAUUUCUGAAAAAUCUGGCAUUGGCGCAGAAAUUUACCAUCUUGAUCAAUGUUACCCUUGCAUCAGUUAAAAAGGUGUUUGUGAAGCUGUGUUUCCCUAUUGUCAGGGACAGUGCUUUGCCUGUACUCACCCACAUGCAGCUGAGUUUCCAGCACUCGCCUGAAGCCUUUCACAAGAUUGUUGCUCAUGUCCCUGAGCUGAUGAAGCGACUGAAGACAGAGAACUCAGCGUCAAGUCAAGACUGUACACAGAAGGUAGCGGAGCUGAUGUACUGUCUGAUGUACCAUCAUGCCGGCUACCCGGAUCUAUAUGAACCAGUCCUUGAUGCACUCAAGGACAUCCCUCGACCCAGCGAGGAGGCCAUGAAGGAGACUCUCAAGCUGAGUGCCUGGACAUCUAGAGCACCGGUCAACUCGGCCUUCGCUACCAGAUUCCUACCGCGGUCCGAAACGGGAAAGACAGGACUGGUCAACCUGGGCAACACCUGUUAUAUGAAUAGUGUCCUACAAGCUCUGUUUAUGACCAGUGGAUUUCAUGAAGCUAUCAUGGCCUGUCCUGUCUACAAUGACCAGUGUGUGGUUGCAAGACUACAGACAGUGUUUGCCUUCCUCACACAUACACAGAGAGCUGCUUACUCGCCCAGGGAGUUCUUGAUAGCAUCCAGACCCCCAUGGUUCUCACCCGGUACUCAGCAGGACUGCUCUGAGUUCCUCAAGUAUCUCCUAGACAGGUUGGAUGAGGAGGAGAAGUCUAUCCGGAAAUUUGAGGCUGGGCUUCAGCGGACAAGGGAAUGGGUGGAACACAUGAAGAGGAAGAAUGCCAAAAAGAUGGAGGAGGAAGCAGGGAGGAUGAGCUCAGAAGAGGGUGAGGUUGGAAGACGGAGGAUUGGAGGAGAGACUGACAUGGAAGGAUGUGGCAGAUUGGGAGUGGAGUCCUCGACUGAGAUGGAUACAUCAUCAAAUGAGAUUGCCACUAAGGAAGAAGCAAGCAAGAUUGAGAUGGAGGACAAAACUGAAAAGAGAAAGAUGAUACCGGAAAGAGGAGAAAAGCAACCUAAAGGAUGCGAUGAGGUUGUCAUGGAGACAUCAGUCAGUUCUCCUACAAUAGACGCAUCAACUAUUUCAUUGUCUCCAUGCAUUAUCUCUGAGCAGGGACAUUCAGUGUGCACUCCGAAGCCAGAGGACAACUCUGCUGCAACCAAAUUGGUGGCAGUCAAAUUAUCUGGAAUUCAGAGUGAUCAGGCUUCAGGCGACACAAAGAUAAAGUUUCUUGACAGAAACACAACGUCUGAACCACCCAUUGGCCCAUCAAUCGUGGAGGAGUAUUUUUCUGGCAAGUCAGUCACCCGCAUCCGCUGUCUAACAUGCAACAGUGUCUCCAGCAGGACUGAGGCCUUCUUUGAUCUACCCCUUGCCUUCCCAGGAUCCGACACAACCAGUAGCAUGCGUGGAGGAGAGAGCUGCACCAACAAGGAUGAUGCCAGCAAGUCCUUGGGGCUAGCAGCUGACAGGCUAGCCCAGGAGGAGCUAGCAUCAGGUAGUAAGCAGUGGGAGUUAAACGGCGGAGCAGCUGCAUCCACCUCAGCCAUCAAGGACCUGAUGAGUGGUCCUGGACAGAGCGGGGAAGGCAGCAACUCCUCCACUGCUCCUCCGAGUAGUCUUGAGGAGCUCCUGGUUCACUAUCUAAACCCGGAGCUCCUUACAGGAGACAACCAGUAUCACUGUGAGAAAUGCCGAUGCCUUCGAGAUGCUGAGAAGCGUAUUGAAAUCUCCAAAGCUCCAAAAGUCCUCAUGCUUACCCUAAUGCGAUUCUCCUAUGAUGUUAAAACUCAAAGUCGAUGCAAAAUCCUAGCUGAUGUUCGGUUUCCUAAGAUCCUCAAUCUGGUCUUAAAUCAUCCAGAAAGGGACAAUGGUGAUAAAGCUAACACAGAGGCAGAUAAAGUGUCUGAUGAACAGGACUUGAGCCAAGAUCCUCCUUGCUCAAAACGAUUGAGACAAAACAGUGAGAACCUAACUACCUCCAAUGACGAAGAAACAAAACACCGAUUUGCUCUAUAUGGAGUCAUAGUUCAUUCUGGUUUGUCAUCAGAAAGUGGACACUACUACUGCUAUGCAAGACACUCAAACUUUUCACCGGACUCUCAGAGAAAAUCCAAACCAUCAAAGAUUAAAACAGAAUGUGAAUCAGGUGACAGUAAAAUGCAAGACUUACUACCGGAGGAUGUUGAAGAAGACCUUUUGCCCGACCAGUGGUUUCUUUUCAACGAUAGUCGUGUUUCGUUCUCAUCGUACGACUCGUUUGGCAACGUCACCAAACGCUUUCCCAAGGACACUGCCUAUGUGCUAUUCUACAGACAAGUGCCUGAGGAGAGUAACGAGCAGUCAGGAUGCCAGACAGGAUCCGACACAUCCCCAGUUGAGCUACGUGAGAAGCCUUUGAAGAAGAAUCUACAAGAACGUGUCAAGAAGGAUAACGCUCAAUAUCUGAAGGAGCGUGAGUUGGAGGCCAGAACAAUGGCUCUGCGGACCUCUCAGGGUUUGGAGAAUUUCUCCUCAAACCGGCGGGAUUUUGACGACAGGAACGACCCACCGAGUGGCUGUGGGGGUGGUGGAGGAAUGGAACCGCCUAGACUAGUGUUCUGAUGUUGGUGAGGACGAUAGUCUGAAUGAAACUCUAGAGACAUUUUAUAUAUUUAGGUGCAGGGUGACGCCCCAAAAAAUGCAUCAAAAUGAAUCUACCUUCGUUGCUCAAGAAUUGAACAAAAACAGUUAAAUUAUUUAGCCAGGUCAUCAUUUAUCUUGGAUUGAAAAUACAAUUUUAAUUGAAUUUUCUGUUGUAUUUUGUUCAGUAGGCUGUAUUAUUUACUUCUGUUGUGUAUAAAUGUUCAAGUUUUUUUUUUUUUAUGUGUAAGCCACUGGAUCAUUUCAAAACGACCUCACCACCAUUCUAAAGAGAUCUUUCCAUACUUCUACAUGUAGAAACAUUUUUCAGUUUUCUUCACCAUGAAAACGUCGAAUAUGAAUGUUAUCUUAUGUUGGUUUCUGUUCUGCUUUCAUGAGCUUUAGAUGUGUGUGAGGGGUUUCUUUGAAAAUCAGUCUUGUUUCAAACCAAAUGUUUAUUUUAUUUUAUUGGUGAAACCGAGGUUAACGAACGUAUGAUUACUGAAUUUUAAAAGACAUUAUGUACUAUAGAUAUACGUCUGUUAGUAAUGGAUAUACUAAUAAGUAAUAACUUGUCUUUGGUUGAAUAUCUAGAAAGGUUGUUAUCAUCUACAUGUUUUCAUCUUAUUUUUAAUUUCAAUGACAGGGUUGAUGUAACCACUGUACAAUGCUGUAUCACCUAAACUGAUGGUCUGGUAUUUCACAUAUUUCCGUUUUCUUUUACAAAGCUGGUCUAGUUAAUUUAUUUUGAGAAGAUGAAAACGUUUACGAUGCAUUCUGUAUUUUGCUGACAAAAUGCUGACCCUGCUUGGUCAAGUAUUAAUAAUAAAUGAGCUUUAGCAACAUAACAUUAACAUUUAACAGUGUAUUAACAAAAGUAAAGUGUAGUAUUGUACAUGUGCAGUGUUAAAACAUUAAAAUGAAAAGAUUAAAGAUAAAGAAAAUACCAAACA